AUGGCCAGGACCGACCCGAGCUCGACCGUGAAGCAAAAGUGCCAGGACAUGUAUCGCAACGAGGUCGGAGCCUUCGUUCGCACCACUGCGGCUUCCAUCCAGGGCGUCGCGAAGCUGAUCGCGAUCUGCCCUUUGUUCGGCCCGAACAACGCGAUCAUUUUGGAGUACUGCGGACCGAUCAUGCUCUCCAAGGUGGUGCUGAAGGACCCUAAGGCUUUGGCGGCGCUAGACCUCCAGGAGGUCUCCAUGGCCGACAAGACUGACAUCAUGGGUCAGCUAUUUAAUGCGAUGUUAGGCCUGAAUUCGAUUGGUGUGGGACACAACGACGUGAACCCGCCCAACGUCAUGUUGGAGCGGAAGCAGGCCAGGAACAACGCGAAAUCCUACCUCCUCGCCACUGUGGUCGACCUCGGCACGGCGACGGUACUCGCGGACGACGGCACAUCGGAGCUGCCCAUGACCGGCGCGCGCGAGUACACCGACCCGCAAGUGUAG